UCAUCCCCUAUUUAUAUAUACAUAUAGUUGAAGAAAAUAAUAGAAGGAAAGGUGAUACUGAAGCUCUAGCUAGGUUAAGUGUGUGCAUGGAAGGUAUGAAUGCCGGACAGUAUAGAUCGCAGAGUAUUUGGUCGCGGUUCGAACGCAUGCGCCAAAGAGCCGAGGGCAAGUCCAUCCGCACUGACGGUCGAGGAACGGGUUCGUCGGUGGUUAAAAUACGGCCGAGAGAUCUGACCAUUUCGCAGAGUGAGACUUCACAAUGUUGGGCGUGGAUCCGUGAUCCUCCUAGCUCUGAUGAGGAGGUUGCUGAAAUGAUGGACCUGUGCCGGUUGGAGAUCGAAGGAAAAUCUGACUGCAAAGAUCUCACUACGGGGAAGACUUACGCUGCCUAUCUCAUCUUCAAAAUAGCCGAGGAAUCGUGCGGCCUCACCUCCCCAUAUCCAGAUGCACGUGUGGCUUUGGGUGAUCACGAGGCGAAGGCAUGCGCUGUGUGUCUCGACCCUAGUAAAGGAAAAAAGAAACAUGAAGAUGAUGUGAGGUUGCCACGGAAGAGGAAUGAUGGGUGGAUGGAGAUAGAGCUGGGUGAGUUCACCGUGAAUCGAGGGGAAGAGGGGGAGAAGGUUCGCAUGUCGCUGAGUGAGACGAAAGUAAUGAACUGGAAGAAAGGGCUAAUCGUAGGAGGUAUUGAGAUUAGGCCCAAGAAAAAGGCAGCUUAAAGACUACAAUAAACGGCUAGAUCUAAAUGUGCGUGUGGUCUUAAGUAAUCAUAUCAUAUAUAUAUAUUAUUAUAUAUAUAUAUAUAUAUAUAUAUAUAUAUAUAUAAAAGUAAGUCAAUGCUUGCGUGGUUUGUACGUUUUUUACCCUCUAAUAAUGAACUCAGAAACGUCCUGAACCCUUUGGGUGAUUAGGAACUGGAUGGCACAAGAACUCGUGUACGGAUCGUGAGAUUUUUAGUAUGAUAUGUAUGCUUUCCCGUGUGUUUACGUUUACAACUGUACUCAA